UCUGUUGUGGGGUCCUCGCUCGUAACGCUUCCUGGUCCACGUAUUGAGAAGAUCCCUAACAUCCUCUGUGACAGAUGAUGACAUUUGACUGUGUUUAUCCAAAAAACUUCACUUUUUCAUGUUCUCCGGUUAAACCCGGUCGGUAGGCGGCUCGCCGGAGACAUUCUGAGAUUAACGACUCAUUUCUGACGGAUGCAAAAUGUCUUGGUUUGCUGACUUGGCUGGGAAAGCUGAAGACUUCCUGAAUAAAGUGGACCAAGGAGCUGCCACGGCCCUGAGCACAAACCAGGCCAGAACAUCCUCCUUUUCGUCAUCCUAUGAAGCAGAGCCUGCUGUCAAAACCGACUAUAGCGCUGCAGGGUACAAGGCCGACCCAGCUGCGACACAUCACGCCUAUGCAUCCUCUCACGACACACCGAGCUUCAUCUCUGCUGCCGCUGGAAACAUCAAGAGAUCCAGUGCAACCCUGCUGGCUGGAACAGCCAACGUGGCCAGCACCCCCUCCGCUUCUGGCAGCGGCGCUACCAACUCUGCCAAGACCUCGUCUGGCUUCGUGAGGCCCAGAAAGAGCGAGCAGGAUGUGGACGAUGACAUGCUCUUUGACUUUCUGAACAGCUCGGACCCUCCAGUCAGCAACAGGAGGGAUUCAAGAAGGGAACUUGUGAAAGCGGCAGUUCCAGAGGUCCAAAACCCAACACCUCCCCCUUCCACCACUCCUCAUGCCAUUCCCUCAGCCCCGUCUACUCCCCCCUCUACCAGAGGGGUAUCCAGGGCCUCCAGCAUGAGCUCACUGUCUGCUCACAGCGUCAAAACAUCAGAGGAGAACUCUGCUAAAGAACUAAGCCAAGACACACCUGAGGGUUCAGACUUGGACCUGGCUGUUCCUCAGGAGUCCAGCAGACAGGAGCCUCCUCCACCUUCAGAGGAGCCACAGAACCAAAUCCUGUCCAGCCUCCGUCUGGAGAACCAGCUGCUGCGCAGUGAGGUGGCCUCCCUCAACCAGGAGAUGGCUUCAGUCAUCCAGAGAGCAAAAGACCUGCAAGAUGAACUGAACCAGGCUCGUCUACGUGCAGACAGAUGGAAUUCGGAACAGUCUCAGACUGAUCGCACGUUACGAGAGCUUCGGUCACAGGUUGAUGACCUCACAGAGGCCCUUUCUGCCAAAGACGGUCAACUUGCAGUCCUAAAAAUCCGACUCGAUGAAGCCGACCAGCUUCUGAAAUCCCGCAGUUCUGCAUUAGAGGAGGCACAGAAGGAGAAGUCAAGAAUUAUGCAAGACCACACAGAAGGGAGCAGCAUGCAUUCUCAAGCUCUUGAAACGAUACAGGAGAGGCUGCGAGAGGCUGAUCUGGCCCUCAGGAGGGAACAGGACAGCUACCGGCAGAUGCAGAGUGAGUACGCUGGCCGUCUGUCCAAAGUGGAGGCUGAGCGGCAAACCCUCGCUGAGACGGUGACUGCAGCAGAGCGGCGAGCAGCAGAGGAGAAGCUCAGGGUGGACGACUUCCAACAGCAGCUGAAAAGUGCCAAAGCUGCAGCCGAGUCUGCCAAGCAGGAGUUACAGGACUACAAGCACAAAGCUUCACGCAUCCUACAAUCCAAAGAGAAGUUGAUCAGCAGUCUGAAGGAGGGAUCUGGUCUGGAUACUCUGGACGGCAGCGGGGCCAUGGCUCUGGAGCUGGAGGAGCUACGACAUGAGAAGGAGCUGCAGAGGGACGAGAUCCAGAAACUACAGGGGCAGGUGCAAACGCUUCGGACAGAAAUACAGGAUUUGGAGAAUCAGGCCUUGGUGGAGGCGGAGACGUGGAGGGAGCAGCAGGUGCAGCUGCAGGAGCAGCAGGCCUUACAGAACAGAGCUAAGCAGGAAGUAGAGGCUGAGGUAGAGCGCUACAAACAGGAGCUGCAGUACCUGGAGGAAGAGCAGCAUCGAGCCAAAACCUCGUUGCAGAGCCGAAUCAAAGACAGAGAAGAUGAGAUCCAGAAACUCAGGAAUCAGUUGACCAACAAGACUCUCAGCAGCAGCAGCCAAACGGAGCUGGAGAAUCGACUCCACCAGCUGACGGAGACGCUGAUCCAGAAGCAGACGAUGCUGGAGGCUCUGGGGACGGAGAAGAACUCUCUGGUCUUCCAGCUGGAGCGUCUGGAGCAGCAGCUGAAGAACGCUCAGGGGGGACAGAGUGGAGGACCAGCCAUCAACAUGAGCGCAUUAGAGGGACCAGGAGCACGACAAAGAAACACACCGGUGCUCUUCAGUGACCAGGACAGUCCAGGAGUGUACGGAAAAGUACGCAAGGCAGCCAGCACUAUUGACCGCUUCAGCAUAAGACUGGGAAUCUUCCUGAGGCGUUACCCAAUGGCCAGAGUUUUUGUUAUCCUCUACAUGGCGGUGCUGCACCUGUGGGUCAUGAUCGUUCUUCUGACUUACACACCAGAAAUGCACGGUCGCCCCGAUGGAAGAUAGAAGGCCUGAGUUUUACUGUUGGGUAUUUAGAGAUGUUUCUCUACAGCCUUCAGUGUAAGGAAGCUGCUGGAUUAUGGGCUCUUGGACCUGACUGUCCCUGAUUUGCACAGAUAUGCUAUGAAUUAAAGACAUUUCCUCUGAUUUAUUCUGUAUUGUUUCCAACCGAAGAUUAAGAGCAUUGAGUUUUGACGUAACUACAGAGUGAUAUGUUGUGCUGGUGGUCUCCUGAAAGAACAUCAAUGAAAAAAAUGAACUCACAUCCGUUCUUCUCAUCAUCAGCUUUCAGACCUCUGGUCUCCUGAGAGAUUGUAUUUAACACUAUGUAUAAAAAAAAAGAAGAGUCUUUUAAUAAACGAGUUAGAAGAAACAA